AUGAGUUUGAGUUAACAAUUAAAAGAAGAGGAAGGAAUUGACUAACCCAUUCUACCUGUCUCUACAGUUCCUGUUCGUAGAAAAAAUAAAAAAAGGCAAAUUGUCAAUCCUAGUUAAAACACUGGACAUUGGAGCUAAUAAGAACAUUAAACUUAUUUAGAUUUUCUCCAAUAAAACCAAUAAAUUAUGGAAUCUUAGGAUUAAAAGAAAAGCAAUAAAAUCUUUAAAUAAAUGAGUGAGAUUAUUGGAAGUCGCAGUCCUUCAUAAUGUAGGUAAUACAAAUUCAAUUUAUCAAAUCAGAUCACAUCAUUAAAAAUUCAAUCCAUUUAUUCAUUAAGUCAAGAAAAGAUAAAAAGGUGCAGGAAGAAAGAGAAAGGAUAAUCAAAUUACUUAACCAAUUUAGCAUCUUUAUCAUUUCUAUUAAUAACCCAUUAUAUCUUAACAUCAAUUAGACUUUCCUAUAUUCUAACCACCAUACCCUGAAGAAAUGAUCUACCAAUAACCAAUUACAUCAGACAGAAGUCUCCUUUACAAUUUCGGUUUCCUUCCAUAAUUUUCUAUAAAUUUCAAUUACUAUAAUGAUUUGUUAGUAAAUUAGACUAUGUACUAAAAUGAUAAAGAGAAUCAAUUUGAAGAUUAAUGAUAUUAUUCAUAAUUUAAGUUUACUCAAUACUAUAUCAUAAACCAAUUUAUACUUAAUUAAAUCAACCAAUCUCUCUUUUAACUUUAGGCUAACAUUUUUUAGAUCAAAUUUUUAGAGAUUAAUUCCAAAUCGUAAAUGGAUCACUUUCUUUUAAUUGUCAUACAAUUCAAACAAAUAAGGAAUAGUGAUUGA